UAUCUUGGUCUGUUGUCUUUGCUCUUUACCACAGCAAGCCCUCCUCUUCAUUUUCAAUUUGCUGCAAAGAAAGAAACCCUUCUCUUCAUCAAGUAACACUCAUUCUUUUUUUUAUUUAGGCAAUAGUUCUAUUAGAUUUCUGUUUUAGCCACCUCUUCUUGACUAUGUUUCUUUGUUUUCAAUUUUUCAGCUCUAUGUAUCCCUACCAGCAGCAAUCAAGACAAUAGCCAGGAUAAUAGCCAGGGCAGCAGCAACCAUGAGAAUAGCAACCAGCGAGGCAGCCAGGAGAACAACAACCAGCACGGCAGCCACCUUAGCAAGGAGAAAUGAUAAGUACCGUGAGGCCAGAAGGGUUUGCCAAACAUGUGGUAGAAAAUAUGAGAACCAGGCAAACCUGAACAUUCACACCCAGGGACACCACUAAUUGGAGUAUAUGUUGUUUUGGUGGCCUUUUAACUUGUGUUGUUCUGGUGUGGAUGUUGCUUUAGGUAGCUUUUUAACUUCUCUUGCUCUUGCUUUUUAAUUUCUCUUGAUGUAGCUUGGGAUUUCUUGCAAUCUAAUUCUAACCUUUUUAUCUUUUCUUUUCUUCUUCUUUCUCCCUCUCUUUUUAAAAAAAUAUUAUCCUUUAU